AUGGACAAAGUUGCAGCCAUUGUUACCGAUAGCGCAAGAACAAUGAUAAAAGCAUUUGAAGGUCGCGAAAGCUGCAAUUGCUUAUUGGAGGGCUUAUCGUCCAGACUACUGCAAUAUGAAAUUCGCAAUGUUCCUCGAGUGGCAACUUUGCUAGAUCCUCGGUUUAAAAAAGAAGCGUUUCACUCACCAUUUAACAUCACUGAGGCUCAAAAACUCUUGGAAAACGAGCUUUCUUCUUUCAACGCACAGAAGUCUCGCCCUUGCGACGAACCACGCCUGCCAACAUCAACCUCCACAUCGCAGACAUCCCUUUUUCAAUUUUUGGAAAAAAACAAAAGUUUGAAACAUAAAACUAAUACAGUGGAUUCCAUAUUGUCAAUUCGUCAAUAUUUUAAUCUAGACAAUUUGGAAUCAAACUCCAACCCUUUAGAUUAUUGGAAGAUCUCAUCAGAUAAAUCAUUUCAGCAUUGCUGCAAAAAAUAUUUCUGCGUUCCAGCAACUUCGACAGAAAGCGAACGUAUGUUCAGUAAGGCUGGAAUCGUUGUAAGCGAAAAAAGAAGUUCGCUUCAGUUUAAACAUGUUGACAUGCUACUUUUUAUCAAUCGGAACAAGUGGAUCUCUGAACAGCAAUGA